AUGAGCCAUUUGCAGAACUUACUGUUAGAUUCCCUCCUGGGCACCAAGCAUGUGGACAGCGCGGCCCUCAUCCAACUCCAGGAGCGGAACCUGUGUAUAGCAUCACCAGGGUUUAAUGUGAUGCCCAGUGACGUCCGGACACUUGUGAGUGGAUUCGCCAAGAACCCUCUGCAAGCGCGAAGAGAAGGACUGUAUUUCAUGGACAAGGACUACAAAUGUGUCCGGUCAGAUGAGUAUUCUCUUUAUGCUAAGAAUGAAAACACUGGUGUGAUUGUCGUGAAGACCGGUCUGUAUCUUCUGGUGGCGACUUACACUGAGGGCAUGUAUCCCAGUGUCUGUGUGGAAGCCACAGAGAAGCUGGGGGAAUAUCUAAGAAGAAAAGGAAAUUGAGUCAUCAGAAGACUGGAAGACAGCUUUUAUUAUUUUAGAAGAAAACUAUAGACCCUAAAGAAAAAUGCCUUAUUUUGUUGGUGAAAAAUAUUAGGCAGAAGAUACUAAAA